CCGCAGAUCCACAACGGGGCAUGUGCCCCUGUGAAAAGGGUCUGCUGAUGGCCAGGAGCCGGGCGGUGCUGGCCCGGUUCCCCCUUGCCAUUGCUAGGCCGCUGUUUGUCUGUCUCUUUGCGGGCUGUGUGGGAGCUAAAGCUAACGUUAGCUGAGCCGCUACAUUAGUCCGCUGCUAUGAGCUUAAUCUACCUGCCAUCCAGCAGGUCAGUAGGUUGCUAUGGGCUGUGGCGGUUAGUGCCGCUGGGAGACUUCCGGUUAGAACCGGUCUGCCUCUGUCAGUUAGCCACUUCCUAACGUCUGAAUCCCAGCAGCUGAGAGGUUUCUGCGGUGGUUUGGCCUUCUUUUAAGAAUUUUUAAGUUGGGGGUGUCUUCCCAGGUGAAGUGUUCCCGAAGCUGUGCUCGUCGGACCUGAGGUGCCAGGAGGCCAGAACCGCCCACCGCGUCCCAACAUGUCCAAGGCCAAGAGCUCUGAUUCCGUCAAGGUUGUGGUUCGCUGUCGCCCCAUGAACGACAAGGAGAAGGCUUCCAAAUUUGAACACGUGGUUUCAGUCGAUGUGAAACUGGGCCAGAUUAUGGUCCGGAACCCCCGGGAGGCCGGAGCGCCCCCCAAAGUCUUCACCUUUGAUUCGGUUUACGACAGCAGCUCCAAACAGAUCGAUCUGUACAAUGAGACCUUCAGGCCGCUGGUCGAAUCGGUUCUGCUCGGCUUCAACGGAACCAUCUUCGCCUACGGCCAAACGGGGACGGGGAAGACCUACACAAUGGAGGGAGAGAGAAACGACCCGGAGAGGAGAGGGGUGAUCCCCAACUCCUUCGAGCACAUCUUCACUCACAUUUCCCGCUCCCAGAACCAGCAGUACCUGGUGAGAGCGUCGUAUCUGGAGAUCUACCAAGAGGAGAUCCGAGACCUGCUCUCCAAAGACCAGUCCCACCGCCUGGAGCUGCGGGAGAGGCCCGACACGGGGGUGUACGUGAAGGGCCUGUUCUCACAAGUCACCAAGAGCGUGCAGGAGAUGGAGGACGUGAUGAAACUGGGUAACCAGAACUGGUCUGUGGGAGCCACCAACAUGAACGAGCACAGCUCACGCUCUCAAGCCAUCUUCAUCAUCACGGUGGAGUGCAGCGAGCUGGGCGUGGAUGGAGGGAACCACAUCAGGGUGGGGAGGCUGAACCUGGUGGACCUGGCAGGGAGCGAGCGGCAGACGAAGACGGGCGCUCAGGGCGAGAGGCUGCAGGAAGCCAUCAAGAUCAACCUGUCGCUUUCGGCCCUGGGAAACGUCAUCUCUGCUCUGGUGGAUGGCAGGUGCAGCCACAUCCCCUACAGGGACUCCAAGCUCACCCGAAUGCUGCAGGACUCCCUUGGCGGGAACGCCCGCACCGUCAUGGUCGCCAACAUCGGUCCCGCCUCCUACAACAUGGAGGAGACCCUGACCACGCUGUGCUACGCCAACAGGGCCAAGAACAUCAAGAACAAGCCACACAUCAACAAGAACCCCAAGGAUGCCCUGCUUGGGGAGUUACAGGAGCAGAUCGCCAAACUGAAGACGCAGCUGGAAAAACGCAUGGGCAAGAAGAAAAGGAGGAGACAGAGGAAGAGGGACGGGAGCGACGGAGACGAGCUGGAGGACGAUGAGUCUGAGGGUGGAGACUACUGGAGAGAGCAGCAGGAGAAGCUGGAGCAGGAGAAGGCGGCCAUCUUGGAGGACCACAGCCUGGUGGCCGAGGAGAAGGAGCGGCUACUGAGGGAGAAGGAGAAGAAGAUGGAGGAUCUGAGAAGGGAGAAAGAAGUGGGAGAGAUGCUGGCAGCUAAAGUCAAGGCCAUGGAGAGCAAGCUCCUCGUAGGUGGAAAGAACAUCUUGGACCGCACCAACGAGCAGCAGAGGAUGCUGGAGCUGAAGAGGCAGGAGAUCGCAGAGCAGAAACUGAGGGAGAGGGAGAUGCAGCAGCAGAUGGAGAGUCGAGAUGAGGAGACGCUGGAACGGAAGGAGACCUACAGCUCUCUGCAGCAGGAGGUGGACAUCAAAACCAAGAAGCUGAAGAAGCUGUUUUCCAAGCUGCAGGCAGUGAAGGCAGAAAUCCAGGACAACCAGGAAGGGCACAUCAAGGAGCGGCAGGAGUAUGAGCAGAUCCAGAACGAGCUCACCAGAGAUCUCAAACUCAGAAACCUGAUCAUUGAAAACUUCAUCCCACUGGAGGAGAAGAACAAAACCCUCCACAGGGCUUUCUAUGACGAGGAGGAUGAGAGCUGGAAGAUGAAGGCCGUCAGUCGCACCGACGACGAUCAUCAGAUGAUGUCAUUGCCGACGUCCGCCAUUGGCUACAGGAGGCCUCUCAGUCAACAUGCUCUCUUCUGGCAGAGGUUGAAUUUUGACACAAGAUACAGAGCUGAAAACAUCCUGAAGGUAAAACUGGACAUUCCAGCACGGACACCUAAAGCCUACCAGGAGCCAGUUAUUGCCCCACGGGUGGCAGCUGCCCUCGAGGACGCCCUGAGAGACGAGGAUGAGGUUAUAGUAGACGCGUCAGGCUUCCACAGCAGCCUGAGUUCGGACCCGCCUUCCAGCGCCGGCGGCAGCCUGAAGAAGCCGAAGUCUGGCCGGCCGAGAACAAGGAAGAGGCCCAGCACGCCGGCCUCUCCCAUCAGCCCCCGCAGUCCAGAAUCCGCCAGCCUCUACCCAAAGCCCCGCGGCCUGGUGCCCAAGUGACGCCUCCCUGCCUCCUUCCUUUUUUGUUUUAUUCACAGGCACCCU